AUGGCAUCAGAAUUUGGAGAAAUUCAAAAGCUCGUCCAACUAUUCAACCCAAAAACUGACAAUUCUGAUUCUGAAGAUGAAGUAGAAACAAACCAAUCUGGACCUAGUACCUUAAAUCCAAGUCAUCUCGCAAAACCUUCGCUGUCGGGUGAGGAAAAGAAUAUCAAUCCGUACAGCAAAAUAGAGGAAAAAGGAAAGAGAAGAGAAAUUUUAGACCCAGAGGACCCCGAUUUUGCGUUCGAAGAUGAUCACACCACAAGGGACUGGAAAAAGGCUCCAGUCUGGGAUGUUAAAUAUAAGCAACAAGUAACAGCUGAAGAUGUUUUCUUACAGAUGGGUUUUAAGAGCCCUACGACUGCGAGUUGCGAAGACAUGAUCAUCACCAUCCACCUACCUGAAGAAAAACAUCAGAACAUUGACCUGAAGAUAGUAAAAGACAGACUUACCUUAAUCUCUCCAAGAUUCUACCUAGAUUUACCCCUUCCCCAUCCUGUCGACCCCAAAAGGGGCAAUGCUCAGUGGUACAAAGACCAGGAAAACCUGACUGUCACUCUACGAAUGGAUAGGGAGCUGGAUCUUGUUAAUUUUUAA